UUCUCUACCUCCCGUUUGCCACGGCUUCUGGUUUCCGAGCACAAAAGUCUCACUUUUCAGGAACGACGACAGAGGGGAAGAGACGAGAUAUUUCGAAGAAGAUGGGCUCAGGUAAUUAGGGUUUUAGCUAUAGCAUGUCUGUUCCUUUUUAUGCUCCAAUGGAUAUGGAUCAAGGCCUCGGUCAAUCUCCACCUGGAUUUGAUAAUGAACCGGUUCCAAUCAGUAGUUACCAUGAGGAUGAUCAACCCGUCCCGAUAAACACCUACAAAGAGAAAGAUGACUUCUGGGAGAAUGGAUUGAAUACCGAAAACAAGGAGCCUUCUCCUGUGGCUAAGGAAAACGGCAACGCAUCUGCUGAUCACAGCUCAUUUGCUCACGGGACAACGGAUCUGAACCAACUCCCACCUAUUCCACCGGUUUCUGCCGGUCAGGGUCUACCAUAUGCCCCCGUUGAUUUCCCCGAGCCUGGUGAUACUUGGUCCUGGAGAGUCGGACGGAGAGUGAGUUCAACCGGGAUUCACGUUGAUAGGUUUAUAACUCUCCCUGAGAGGCUUCAAGGACGGAAUAUCCCAAAAAGUUUUGGCAGCAAACCAAGUCUGACUCGUUAUAUUCAGGCAAAUUUUCCAGACGCGGAUGUUGAUGCAUUCUUUGCGUCUUUUAGCUGGAAGAUUCCAGCUCUCUUCCAGCCCGCUGCUAGGGUUGAUGCUGCAUCUCUUUUCGAAGAGACUUCCAAAGAGGGACAGAAUGACAAAGCCUCGGGGGAUGAGGCUGCAAAGGAUGAGAAUGCUCAAGAAGGGAAAAAGGAAGGAAACUCCCGGUACAGCCAGAGGAAGAGAAAACCGACGCAGACACAAACAUAUGAACCUGUUGAAGAAAAACCGAAAGCAACUCCCCGAACUGGCCAGAAGAAAAAGAAAGAGAAAGCAGCAUCUGCUCCACAACUAUCGAGCAAACAGAAAUCUCGACAGCAACCCGCUAGACGCUCCUCAAGGCAGCCUGGAGGUGCUGUGGACCUGAAUUAUAUGGACGAAGAGAAUGAAACAGAAACAUCAAAGACAGGCAAGAAAAGGAGACAGAGAGGUGAAAUCGAGGAAGAGCAAGUUUCAAUUCCUCAUAUCUAUGUUUCUCCUAUGAACGGUGUCCUUGCAGUCUCACACUCGCCUGUGGAUGUCAACCCGGAAGAGUUUGACUGCUACCUUGACUCUCUCGAUAACCUUCUUCAACAGCCUCCGGAAAAUGGGCAGGAGCCCUCUGUCCCUGUCAUCACCUCCCCGAUGAGAGAAUACGAAUGGGCUGAAGCCCGGAUGAAGCUUUCAUCUCUUCUCGAGAAAGAUUUCACUUCCCUUUUCUUCUCCAAGGAUGCUGCAGAGUUAGCUGCCUUGGCAGCUAAAAUCAGGAAAGAUCCGAGCCUUUCUGCUGAAGAAAUCGUGAAGUUGAAGCUCGUCGAAGAGAUGCCAUCGUUCAGCGAGGUUUUCCAGGAGAACAAAGAAGUGAUAGAGGAUGCAGACAGGUUCUUCUCCGCCCUCGAGCUCAACAAAGCUAAGGUUGCAUCACUCAAGUAUGAGUACAGCGAGCUGAAGGACAAACUGAGCAGUCUGGACAUGGAAGUGGAAUCCAACUCAGAGACAAUCCGCCAGAUCGACGAGCAAAUCGCACAGCUUCAAGCUAGACGGUCUGAGCUGACACGCUUCAUCGGGAACAAGAAGAAAGACAAGGCUGAUCUGAACUACGCUCAGAAGAUGGUCGCAAACUCGAUCCCGAAAGUCGUGCAGGAAGUUCAGUCGGCGAACACAAAGAAGUCGCAGUGGGAGAUGAAGAAGGAGAAUGCCCUUAAACGUGAAGCCGAGAUCCUGUCCAAAUUCUCUGCCUUGAAAGGCUUUUAUCUCUAGUUCCUCUUUUUAGUAACCAGUCUGAUUGGUCUGUAUGUCCAUGGAUCAUCGAGACUGAAUCACUUCCUCUCUAGACUGAAUCACUUCCUCUUUUGUUGUGUCUUAGAGUAGCGCGCUGUACUGUAUGUCUUCCGUUACUGUUUCCAGACAUGUAUCUUGCUUUAGCUUAAUAUCAUCUGGGUAUCUUACAUUU